AUGCCUGUGCAGAUUUUCCCCGAUGCUGCAUAUGAGAAGGGCCAAGCGACUUUUGGAAUUGUCUUGAUCGAUGAGUUCACAUCGACUCGAUUGGUGAUUGGCCAGGCGGAAGUCUUUGCCGUGGUGUUGGCACGGGAUGCCUUGAGAAAAAUCAUCCAUGGGCGCAGGGUCAUCUUCUUCAUUGACAAUGAAGGUGCACGUGAAAUUUUGAUUAAAGGGGCGAGUAAGUCGAGGACACUCUUGUUGCUCGCCAAUCUAUUCUUCGAGAUGGAAAACGUUGACCAGUGCAUAAGCUGGUUGGAGCGCGAACCAACAGUCGUCAAUGACAAGACAUCCAAGAAGGAGACAGUUUACAUCGGCCCCAAAGGGGAGCCGCCGAAGGACGAACGUGAUAUCAUCAAGUGCUCGCCUCACAAUAAGAUGCCUUUCAGUGCUUGUUGCAAUGCAGGUUUUAAGCCGUCCCGAGGAACAGAUCAGCCGAUUAAGCUGGCCCGAGCCUUUGGUGCCGCACCCAUCCGUCAGGACACACUUAGGAGCCAGCGGGACCUUCUUGCAAGCCGCGCACUUGAGGUGGCACAGCAGGCCCACGAAAGGGCACGCUCAUCAGCAACUCAGGUUCACCACAGUUCGGUGCUGGACCUGGAAGCCAUGGACUAG